AUGGGGAGUCCAGCUGAACCGUCGUCGUCCAUCAGUUUUACAUCAUCUUCUCAUGUAUCUAAUGGCUCUAAUAAUAAAGAUGCCUCUGGAGGCUCUGAGAUGGGGUCCAAUCUUGAUAUCAUCAGCUUAAGUAAACUGAGCAUUAAUUUGGAGCAACUUUUAUGUGAUUCCGGUAGUGAUUUCAGUGAUGCAGAUAUUGAAGUUGAAGGCACUAGUGUUGGUGUUCACCGAUGUAUAUUAGCUGCUAGGAGUAAAUUUUUUUAUCAUUUUCAAAAAAAUAAGAGAUCCAUUGGGAAGGAAAGCAAGCCCAAGUAUUUCAUGACAGACCUAUUGCCUUUUGGCCAAGUUGGAUAUGAGGCUUUUCUUAUUUUCUUGAGCUACUUGUACACAGGAAAGCUAAGGUCAUCUCCACCGGAGGUGUCAACAUGCGUUGAUAACAUAUGCGCCCACGAUGCUUGCAGACCUGCAAUCAACUUUGCUGUGGAAUUGAUGUAUGCAUCUACUGUUUUUCAAGUUUCGGAAUUGGUCUCACUUUUUCAGCGUCGACUUCUCAACUUGGUUUUCAAGGCUAUUUUAGAAGAUGUUAUCCCAAUAUUGUUGGUCUCCUUUCAUUGUCAAUUACCUCAACUUCUCACGCAUUGUGUCAAUAGAGUGGCACAAUCAGACCUUGAGUCCAUCGCUAUUGAGACAGAGCUCCCCUACAACGUUGCAGAGGAUAUUAGAUUGCUCCGCCUUAAUUCGCAGGCUGAAAAUGAGGUAACUGUUGAUCCAUUGCGUGAGAAGAGAAUUAAGAGAAUACACAAGGCAUUAGACUCAGAUGAUGUUGAACUUGUCAGGCUUCUUCUAACUGAGUCUGAUAUAACCUUAGAUGAGGCUUAUGCUCUCCACUAUGCUGUUGCAUAUUGUGAUCCUAAGAUAGUAUCUGAGGUUCUUAGUCUAGGUUUGGCUGAUGUUAACCUUCGGAAUAGGCGGGGUUACACUGUGCUUCACAUUUCUGCUAUGCGCAAGGAGCCAUCAAUUAUAGUCUCUCUUUUGACCAAGGGAGCCAGUGCAUCAGAAACGACAUUGGAAGGACAGUGUGCAGCAAAAAGGGAGCAGGGGCAGGAAGCGAACAAAGACAGGAUAUGUAUUGAUGUUUUGGAGAGAGAGAUGCACAGGAAUCCAAUGGCUGGAGACGUAUUAAUGUCUUCCCUGACAAAGGUUGAUGAUCUGCAUAUGAAACUGCUCUACCUAGAAGACAGAGUGGCAUUUGCACGAAUGUUUUUCCCCACUGAAGCUAAGCUAGCUAUGGAAAUUGCACAUGCUGAGACAGCUUCUGAGUUAUCUGGACUUCUAUCAUCAAAAAGUUCAAUUGGGAACUUGAGGGAGGUUGAUUUGAACGAGACACCCCACAUGCAGCACAAAAGGUUUCUCGCAAGAAUGGAAACCCUAUCAAGAACAGUUGAGUUGGGACGUUGGUAUUUCCCUCAUUGUUCUCAAGUACUGGAUAGGUUUAUGGAGGAUGAUUUGCCUGAUCUAUUUUAUCUUGAGAAGGGUACUCUAGAGGAGUAG